GCUCCUUAUUCUUAUUUCUAACAACAAAACUAAACCAAUCAAACUGCAAAACCCUCUUAAUCGAGCGAGAGAGAGAGAGAGAGGAGGCGAUAAUUGCUAGUUGAAACAAGCACCGGAGUUUGGCUGCAGGUCGCUUGUUUCGAUUGAGAAUCAAAAACCCCCAUUUUCAAUUUUUGGAUCUACAGCAUGGUGCCCGAGUGUAUAAUCAUUGCAUCUCAACUCAUAACCCCCUUUUAUGAUCUGAUGGAUGCAAUUUAUUGAUUCAAUUAGUUGACUGCCAAGAAUGACAGUGUGAUCUACCAAGUCUUGUAUUUUGGUUAUUUUUGUGGUAACAAGCUCAAAGGUUUCGAGACAAAUACUUGAACUGCUACUUUAUACUAAAAUGGUCUUCAGUAAACUUGUGGAGUUUGUUUCCUCUGCAACAACUCAUCUAACAGUGCCAAAGACAUCUGCUCUUCAACAUAAACCUGGAUUGCCUCCUACUUCUGGUUCUCUUCACGGUUAUACCUUUUCCAGUGCUAAAAAUAAGGUUAAUCUGAGAUUCUCUUCAUCCCUUCAAGAUCUGUCUACUUAUAACCAGCUUGAUCCAGAAGAUGAUAUUAGCUCUCGAUCAGAUAGAAAUUCUGGUCAUGUGCUACCACAAACUUUCUACCAGCAAGAAAAUGGCGCAACAAGUUUUUCCAAGGAGAAGAUAUCAUUAGGUCCGUCUGGAAGGAAAAAAUGGGGUAGAUUUAUCUGCUCUCUCCUUUGUUUAUUGGUGUUUACUUGUCUUUGUGUUGCCUUGUUAUUUCUCUACUCAAACUGGUCUGGUGGACGUUCCAAAUUCUAUGUUGUUCUUGACUGUGGAAGCACCGGCACCCGCGUGUAUGUGUAUGAGGCAUCAGUUAAUCAUCAAAAAGAUGAUAAUCUUCCUAUCGUAUUAAGAUCGCUACCUGAGAGUUUCAAGAGAAAAUCUAGAUCCCAGUCUGGGCGGGCAUACAACAGAAUGGAGACUGAACCUGGAUUUGAUAAAUUAGUACAUAAUGUUUCUGGGUUGAAGAAAGCAAUUAAACCUCUUAUCAGAUGGGCUGAAAAACAAAUUCCAGAAAAAUCUCAUAAGACUACUUCUCUCUUUCUAUAUGCUACAGCUGGAGUUCGAAGGUUACCAAAUUCAGAUUCUGAUUGGCUUCUUAAUAGUGCUUGGUCAAUUCUUAAGAGUUCCCCUUUCUUGUGCAAGAAGGAGUGGGUAAAGACUCUCACUGGCAUGGAGGAAGCUUAUUAUGGAUGGAUAGCUCUAAAUUAUCAUACAGAGGUCUUGGGGUCCAUUCCAAAAAAGGAAACAUAUGGUGCGCUCGACUUAGGUGGCUCGUCACUGCAAGUCACAUUUGAAGGUAACCCUGGUAACCAUGAGGAAUCAAGCUUAAAGCUGAGUAUUGGCCCUGUUAACCAUCAUCUAAGUGCAUAUUCCCUAACUGGAUAUGGACUCAAUGAUGCUUUUGACAAAUCUGUAGCUCGUCUUUUAAAAGAGGUCCCUCAAAUUAGCAACACAGAUCUGGUUAAGGGAAGAGUGGAGAUCAGACAUCCUUGUUUGCAGUCUGGUUACAAAGAGCGAUAUCUAUGUUCACUGUGUGCAUCUGCUAGGCUAAAAGAUGGGAUUCCUCCUAACGAAAGGAAAGAAUUAGGUAAAGCGGCAAAACGCGGCGUUCCAGUUCAGCUUGUUGGUGAGCCAAAGUGGGAAGCAUGCAGUGCUCUAGCCAAAGCUGCUGUCAAUUUGUCUGAAUGGUCAGAUCAUAUGCCGGGAAUUGAUUGCAAUUUGCAGCCUUGUGCACUUGCAGAAAAACUUCCUCGCCCUGUCGGCCAGUUUUAUGCUAUGUCUGGCUUCUUUGUGGUGUAUAGGUUUUUCAACUUGACUCCUGAUGCUACACUGGAUCAUGUGUUAGAGAAGGGUCGUGAGUUUUGUGACAAAAGUUGGGAUGCUGCAAGAAAAAGUGUUAAACCUCAGCCUUUUGUAGAACAAUACUGUUUCAGGGCACCAUAUAUCGUUCUUCUCUUGAGAGAAGGAUUGCAUAUUAAGGAUAAGCAGGUAUCGGUUGGCUCUGGAAGCAUCACUUGGACACUUGGAGUUGCUUUAUUUGAAGCAGGCAAGGCAUUUCCGAAUGUGGGAAAGCUUUACAGCUACCAGACAUUGAGGGUCAAGAUAGAUCCAUUGGUUUUUUUUGCCAUUUUGUUUGCUUCAUUCUUCGUCUUGCUCUGUGCACUAUCAUGUAUUGGCCAUUGGCGGAUUCCAAAUCUCUUCCGAAGGUCAUAUCUCCCUCUUUUCAGCCAUAACAGUGGAUCAUCAGCAUCAGUGCUCAAUAUUCCAGCUCCUUUCCGAUUCCAGCGCUGGAGUCCAAUGAAUACAGGGGAUGGAAGGGUUAAGAUGCCGCUGAGUCCUACAGUUGCAAGCAAUCAGCAAAGGCCAUUCGAUGCCGGACUUGGUUUUGGUGCUGGGGGCAUCCAGUUCACCGAUUCAUCGUUGUACUCUUCAUCUAGCAGUGUAGCGCAUAGUUAUUCUUCAGGCAGCUUAGGGAAUGUGCAAUUUGACUACAACUUCUGGACACCAAACGGAAGUCAAAUGCGCCUUCAGAGUAGGAGAUCCCAAUCUCGAGAAGACCUCAGUAAUUCAAUUGCUGAUGCUCACUUUGCAAAGGUCUGAGGCUGCUGCUGAAGAUAAAUUACAUAGAGAAGAUGUGUACAUCAAGGAAGUGAUUCACUACCGAUGCAGUAUAUAGAGUUUUGAGACCUGUGCUUCUUCCGGCACAACUUAACUGCCGCCUUAACAUAGGAUAAGACAACCGGCUCAAAGGUGCAACAGUGAUGGAUGAGAAUUUGGCGACCUGUCAGCCAGACGAAAUGCGCAGGUGCAUUUGAAUGGGCUAUGUACAGUUGUGAUGUGAUUCGGGAUGACUCGUCUACUACCCAGAUUUGGCUUCUCCUACAAACGUCCACAUAGGAGGUUUUUAUUUGUAUAAAGAUUUAAAACUGCAUUGAUUUGGGUAGAGGCAUUGGUUAGUUCAGUAUUUGAUAGAAUUCAAGUAGUUUAGUUUGACAUAAUCUGGAGGGUCUUGUAAGAUUAACCCGAUUAUAUGAAACAGCAAAUGACAUGACACUGUUGUUUCUCCUCAUCUUGGAGUUUAAGUUUUACAGGAUAUUUUUAUUGUUUA